CAGGAGGAGGAAGGGACUGCCAAGUCCACACCACCGGUACAGAAAGCGGGUAACUACUUGAGAUAGUCUAUUCAAAUCCAAGGCUUAAUGUUCCCAAAUUUCCCAAGAAGGCAGUGGUAGGGGCUCAGCCCAGGAGUCGUCUCUCAGGCUACCAAGAACUCAGCGGGUAAGAACAGAGGUCCUGUCUCUUUCCAAACAGUUCAACAGAAAAAGUGCUACGGUUUGCCAUAUCUAAUCUAAGCAGGGUUCUGAUAGCCACUAGAAAGGAAAACAAACAACAGAUGAAUCAAGGAAACAGGAACUACGUCAUUCUUUUGGAGAAUUUAUUUUUUUUCUAGUAAAUAAGCCCUUAAUUUAGCCUCGUCAGUGGAAAUUUCUCAAGUAUGUAUGGAGUGUCUGUAUGCACAUUGUGUAUUUUAAACUUUUUGGAGCUUAUCCAGAUAUAGCAAAUACUAUUCUUGAAGAAUUUCCCUUUAUGGAUGUCCUGCUGAGAAUUUGCUACUUGUGAUUUGAAGCAAAAUUUGAGAACAACUGCUUUUUAAGCCCAGUAGGAGUCAGCCACGUGCAUGUCUCAAGACAGGAAAUAUACAGACCCUCCUAUUUUCUCCUACAAAAGUUGAAAAAGCUGCAUUUGAGAGGGAUCCUCAGAUAACGGUGGUGGCCCAUUCCGUUCCUUUGGGAGCUGGCAUGCCUAUGUGUUGGAGGAGAAAAAUUCGUCGUACAUUCUCCUAUCAUACUAUUUAAAUCGCAGAAACAGCUUUAAGAAAAGGAUCAAGCUAAAAUGACAACAGCUCAAUUCGAUUGUCAAUACUGCACAGCGUCGCUUCUUGGGAAGAAGUAUGUACUAAAAGAUGAUAAUCCAUACUGUGUGUCCUGUUACGAUCGUAUCUUUUCUAACUAUUGUGAGGAGUGCAAAGAACCAAUUGAAUCAGAUUCCAAGGAUCUUUGUUACAAAGACCGGCACUGGCAUGAAGGAUGCUUCAAGUGCACCAAAUGCAAUCACUCUUUGGUGGAAAAGCCGUUUGCUGCCAAGGAUGAGCGCCUGCUGUGCACGGAGUGCUAUUCUAAUGAAUGCUCCUCUAAGUGCUUCCACUGCAAGAGGACCAUCAUGCCUGGUUCCCGAAAAAUGGAAUUUAAAGGAAACUACUGGCACGAAACCUGCUUUGUGUGUGAGCACUGCAGACAACCAAUAGGAACAAAGCCUUUGAUCUCCAAAGAGAGUGGCAAUUAUUGUGUACCAUGUUUUGAGAAGGAGUUUGCUCACUACUGCAACUUUUGUAAGAAGGUGAUCACCUCGGGUGCAAUAACAUUUCGUGACCAGCUAUGGCAUAAAGAGUGUUUUCUGUGUAGUGGCUGCAGGAAAGAGCUCUGUGAAGAAGAGUUUAUGUCCAGAGAUGAUUAUCCAUUCUGCCUAGACUGCUACAACCAUCUUUAUGCCAAAAAGUGUGCAGCCUGUAGCAAACCCAUUACUGGUCUCAGAGGUGCCAAGUUCAUUUGCUUCCAAGCUCGCCAGUGGCAUAGCGAAUGCUUUAACUGUGGCAAGUGUGCUGUCUCCUUGGUGGGUGAAGGCUUCCUGACCCAGAACAAGGAAAUCUUCUGCCGCAAGUGUGGCUCUGGGAUGGACACUGACAUCUAGGAAACAGUCCUUCCCCACCUGAAAUCCAUUGUGCCUUUGUUCUCACUAAAUCCAGAACUCGGUUGAAGUAGUAUUAUUUACCUUACUUUUAGAAAAUAUUAGCCUAGAGUUUAUAGCAGAAGAGUUUAUGCUCACAUUGAGAUUGAACUGUAUUAUAAGGAAGCAAAAAAAGCACAGCCUACAGAAGUGAAUAUAUACUAAAACACGAAGGCAAUUCUUCUUACGAAAUACUGCACUCUGCUGUUAGAAACAUAGGAAAAUGUCUCCUUAUAAUCAAAAAUAUGACCUAUACCUAGGAGUCAUGGAUGCUAUUACUGAGGAAAACUGUUUUUCAAAACUGCAAGGUAAAAGAAAAACUGAGAGACUAAGCUGAGAGGCCUGUAUGAAACCAAAGUUUGCAUUUCUAGCUCUAACUAGCUAGUUCUAUAUAAUCUGAUAUAGUAAAACAACAAAACUGAUCAGAGAACACUCAUUAGCAAUCAUUGCAUUUAAGAAUUCUGUCAUUCUUUUGUAGUUUGCACAGAUACACAGAUGGAUUUGAAGUUCAAAACCAAAACUGCCAUUUAUCCUCAUACACGCUGCUUCCAGAGUUGGUCAGCUCCUGUGUUUUCUCAGUGGAAUUGGAGAAUUGUGGACACUCUGGCUCUCGUACUCUGCCUUCAUAUAAAGGGGAUCAUUUCUACUUAGGGACAGUCAAAGCAUGGGUUUCAACACCUUUUUUAUUUAAAUGUAUUCUCAAAGCCCACACUGAUUUUUCUAAAUGCUUACAGAUUCUAUGAAGUAAAAAUCUAAGCUUUCACAUGGAGCUAACCAGGAUAAUCUCUGUCCCCAAUGGCAAACCUUUAAAGUAAAUAGAUCAUUAAAUCAUCACUUGUGGAAAUGAGUUUUAGGAAAGGGAUUGAAUGUUAGAACAUGACUUUCAUCCAGAUAUCUAAAGGCAUAAUAGAAUGCAUAAUUAGCUCUGAGUCUCAUGCAUUUUGCUUUCUAAAAUUACAUAGAUGAUUAAUGGGCAGACAUAAAAGUGGGCUUUAAAGAAAUCUAGUAAUAAGAACUAAAAAAGAAUAAUUUGCUGCUGAUAAUUCAAGACCUGCAACGCAGCACAAUAGAGUGACGUGGACUGCAGACAAGCCCUCCCCACUGUUCCUCACGCCUGGGCCACCUCCCCUACCACACGCUCAACGUGCCCAGAGCUUCAGUGGCUACAUGACCAGGAGGUGUUCUUUUGACCCUAAAUCGCCAUUCUACAAAUAAGUCAGUUUGCAGAGCACAAACACACUAACAGCCAUAAUGCAAACACUAUCACCACCAUACAUUAAUCUUUAUAGCAGACGGCAUUUAAUGAUGACUCUACUUAGUUGCCCUUCAACAGUAGUUUCCACAUUAUUUGGGACAAAUAGAAGAAACCUCUGCUGUCCAUUGUCGGUUUUCACACUUUCUUGUUGCAUUUCGCAGACGAGGCAGAGGGAGUUCAGGAGAAGAAACCCACAUAGAUAUAAGUAUCUACUCUCAGGUUGCUGGGUAGCAGCAAUGGUUCUAACUGAAAUCUAAUUACAGGCUGUGGCUGUGUGCUGUGAUUAAAAUAGCAACACAGGACAUUCCAUUAAAAUUAUUAUAGAAACAGGUUUUGAAAGAGUUUAAAAUGUAAGAAGACUCAGAGAUGUUAAUAAUUUAGAUGAUAAUAAAAGGUCAGACUACAUAGACUAUUUGAAAAUUUUCAUUGUGUUUUCAUGUUAACAAUGCCGAGAUGUUUUCUCAUAUUUGCAUUGUAAAAUGCAGGCAAAGCUAUCAUUAUUUUUCUUGCUUUCUAAGAAACUGCACACAUAAAACUAAAACUAAUAAUGUCAAUUGUUCUAUGAUCUAGAAAAUAACAGCACAUUACAUAUAUAGAAAAUGAAGCCAUUUAAAGUCUAGGUAGACGAGGGACCUGUAAUAUUGUCUCCAUUCACCAAUUAUAGAGAACUAUACAACCUGCAGUGCAUUUUUAAUUAAAUAAUUGAUAAUGUUUAGGUUUUUUAUUCUGUGUGUGGGUGAGCAUGCACAUGAUUAAGCUUGCAUUCAAUCUUUCCAAUUAAAAUUCAUAGAAUCAUUUCCUAGAUAAAAGAUUAUAAUUUGAUAAAUAUAAAUGAAUAUAUAUACUUUCACAUAUACAUAGUUCCUUAUUUAGUAAGUGCCCUAAACAUCAACACGUAUUAACAUGUCUAUGCGCAAAGUUAGAACUCACACUUCUGGGAUUCUGAGGUGGUAAGAGGGUGGACUGAAAUGGGAAUGUGGAAGAACCAAAUGCAGAGAUCCUUUCUUAAGCUCAGACAGAGCACCACUGUAGACAUGGCACACACGCGUGUCACACACACGGCACGGCAAGACAACUAAGAAGACCUCAGUAGACUAACAUGAACACAGAGAUAAACGUAAAAUCAUAUCAUUGACUUAUUUUAUUUAAAUAGUAAAGAAAAAUCUCUCUGAACUGACCUAGCCAGAGAUGGACUGCACUGCCUCAGAAAGCACGGGGCUCCUAGUGAUUCGAUUCAGGGGUGGCAGAUGCACAGGCAGGGAAGUUCUUAGAAGCAAACCCCCUGUGCUGAUAACAACCAGAUGGCGGGGAGGAGCAGAGACUGUGCCAAAUAGAAAAAAGGAAGGGUCAGAGGAAGGGAGAAUAUUAGAACAACAACAGAUAAUGUUGCCUCCAGUUCUUAAAGAGAAAAGGAAAAGGAUUAAGAAAGUGUUUGAGGAAAUUAUGCUUAUGAUCUUGUGUGGGCUAGAACCAAAGAAGGCAAGGUUCCAAGGGAUAAAUACCUUACUACAGUGAUACGUUUGGUUAGUAGGAACAAAAAGGAUAAGAGAAGCAAAAGGUAAUGCAGGUCAAGAGCUAUAGUUACUGAUCUAGAUGAGAACAGAAGUCAAGAAAUCAAAAUAUUUUAUGUUGUCAUGUUGGAGAUUAAAGAGGACAAAGGAAGAGCCCCCCAAAAAAGAAUUGCUGCUCCAAUGAUAAUGUGUAGGAUGCCCAAGGAUGCAAGUUUUACCUACAAAAAUCAUAAAUUGUCACAUUAGGACAAAACAAUUUCAUUGGUUAAGUAAAAUGUGAUCAUGCUACAAUCAUAGGUUUAAAACUUACAUAGUCACUGUGACAUUGAAAAAAUUACCUUGUACAUUGGGUUAAAGUUUGGCCAUACAUGUUUAUUAUUAAAAUACUACAUUUUUCCUUGUUUUAAAAGUUGUUAUUUUCAGAAAUUUCUUACACUGAAUAAAUGAAUAUUUUACAUAGUAUGUAUUCCUCAGAUUGUUUUUAGAGAAUUAUUUUUUAUUUUAUCUGUGCAUUAAACAGAACCGGUGCAGAAUAACUUCUAAAGUGUUUCUGCUUCCAUUAUAUAAGGGAACAGGAUAAUUUUUAUAUAUUUGUCCAACCCACUUUUACAAUAUCUAAAUUAAAUAUAUAUUCAAAUAAUAUUUCAGAGCAUCAAUAGAAUACUGUAACUGAAUUCUGUCUGACCCAAACAGAAUGUUGCUGUUACUGUAAGAAUCAUGUCUAUGC